CUAUUUUUCCUGUUUCUCUCUGCAUGCCAAACUUAUCUCGGCAUUCUCUGCCAAACCAAUCAACAGACAGGGUAAAUAAUGUCAACACUCAGUUACCCUUAGUGACAGCUUCAGUCUGAGACUGGAAUCGAAACGGCGUAGCAAGUCUGUACUAUUAAGCUGCGGGGCGGCCCUCGUGGCCGGGAUGCCACUGUGUGCCGUGCCAGUCCACAGUGGACGGUGAGGGGCAGGAGGAGGGGACCGAGUGCAGGAGACUGAGAGGAGGUGGCUCGCACCAAACAGGAGACAUGAAUCUCUGCUGGAACGAGAUCAAGCGCAAGUCCCACAACAUCCGGGUGCGGCUAGAGGCCUUCUCAGACAACAGCGGGAAGCUUCAACUUUCUCUGCAGGAGAUCAUAGAAUGGCUGACAGCCAAGGACGAGGAGCUGUCGGAACAGCUGCCCAUAGGAGGCGACGUGGGGGCCGUCCAGCACCAGAGGGAGUUCCACCAGGCGUUCAUGGAGGAUGUCAAGUCUCGUGGGCCGUUCAUCUACUCAGUCUUGGAGUCUGCCCAGGCCUUUCUGGCUCAGCACCCCUUCCAGGAGCCAGAGGAGACCCUGACCGAUGGAAAAGAGGUGUCUCCACGUCGGCGGAUCUUAAAUGUGAGCCGCUCGGUGUGGAAACAGGCGAAUGUGGCCAGUGACCUGUGGGAAAAGCUGACGGCACGCUGCGUGGACCGCCAUAGACACAUGGAGAGGACCUUAGAGCGUCUACUUCAGAUCCAGGCAGCAAUGGAAGAACUGGCCGUGGCCUUGGAGCAGGCAGAGGGGGUGAGAGACGCCUGGGAGCCUGUCGGAGACCUCUUCAUCGACUCUCUGCAGGACCACAUAGACGCCACCAAGUUAUUUAAGGAGGAGCUGACCCAGGUGAAGGAGGGCAUGAAGCAUAUCAAUGAUCUGGCCCACCAGCUGGCGAUCUCCGAUGUCCAUUUGUCGAUGGAGAACGCCCGCGCCUUGGAGCAUCUCAACAGCAGAUGGAAAGUGCUUCAGGGUUCGAUAGAGGAGCGGCUGAAGCAGCUCCAGGACGCACAUAGAGACUUUGGCCCCGGAUCGCAGCACUUCCUUUCCAGUUCAGUGCAGAUACCGUGGGAGCGUGCUAUCUCCCCGAACAAAGUGCCCUACUACAUCAACCAUCAAGCCCAGACAACGUGCUGGGACCAUCCAAAGAUGACAGAACUGUACCAAGCACUGGCGGACCUGAACAACAUCAAGUUCUCAGCAUACAGAACAGCUAUGAAGCUGCGGCGAGUUCAGAAGGCCCUGAGAUUGGAUUUAGUGGCGCUGAGCAGCCUUGUGGAAGUGUUUCGGGAGCAGGAGCUGCAGCAAGGGGAACAUGUGAUGGAUGUAGUGGAGAUGAUCCACGGCCUGACAGCUCUGUACGAGAGGCUGGAGGAGGAGAGGUCUAUCCUGGUCAACAUCCCACUCUGUGUUGACAUGUGUCUCAACUGGCUGCUCAAUGUCUACGACAGUGCUCGAAAUGGAAAAAUGCGAGUUCUCAGCUUCAAGAUGGGAUUGGUGAGCUUGUGCAAUGCAGACGUCCAAGAGAAGUACAAAUACUUAUUCCGUCAAGUGUCUGGCCAGGGAGGUUUGACAGACCAGCGUCACCUCAGCCUGCUGCUCCAUGAAGCCAUCCAGAUCCCCCGCCAGUUGGGUGAAGUUGCUGCUUUUGGGGGCAGCAAUGUGGAGCCCAGCGUCCGCAGCUGCUUCCGUGUGGCCCCAGGUAAACCUGCCAUUGAGGUGUCUCACUUCCUGGAGUGGAUGAGCCUGGAGCCCCAGUCAAUGGUUUGGCUGCCUGUCCUUCAACGUGUGACUGCUGCAGAGUCGACCAAGCACCAGGCCAAAUGCUACGUCUGCAAACAGUGUCCCAUCAAGGGCUUCAGGUAUCGCAGUCUGAAGCAGUUCAAUGUGGACAUCUGCCAGACAUGUUUUCUAACCGGCCGUACUACCAAGGGAAAGAAGCUGCACUACCCCAUCAUGGAGUACUACACCCCGACAACCUCGGGAGAGAAGAUGAGGGACUUUGCCAAGACUCUGAAGAAUAAGUUCAGGUCAAAGCAGUACUUCACCAAGCACCCUCAGAGAGGUUACCUGCCGGUGCAAUCUGUGCUGGAAGCAGAGAGCUCGGAGACGCCGUGCUCCUCGCCCAGGCUGCCCCAUGCAGACACACACAGCAGGAUUGAACAUUAUGCCAGCAGACUGGCAGAAAUGGAGAGCCAGAAUUGUUCAUUCUUCACGGAUAGCCUGUCUCCUGAUGAGAGUCUGGAUGAAGAUCAGUACCUCCUGCGUCACUCCAGCCCAGCCCUGGACCAUGACUCACCCUGCGGACAGCACAUGCUGCUGGCCCACCUGGAGCACCAGGACAAGGAGCAGCUCCAAUGCACCCUGGCCCGCCUGGAGAAUGAGAACAGGGUGCUGCAAGGGCGAGUAAGGAGGCUCAAGUGGAAGCACGAGGAGGCGCAUUUAGUUCCCAUGCUGACUGAGGCUGGAGAGGGCGGUCCAGGUUCACCUACAGCAGAAAGGCCCAGCAGGAUGAGGACUCCUGGCCUGAGGCACGAGUCCCUCGGCAACACAAAGACGCGCCUGGAGACCCGUAUGCAGAUCCUGGAGGACCACAACAAACAGCUGGAAUCUCAGCUACGCAGGCUCAGGGAGCUACUGCUACAGCCCAAAGAUGAUUCAGAGGCCAACGGAUCAGAACCGUCAACCCUGUCUUCUCCUGUGUCUGGAGGGGGUCACCACGGGGAGCCAGCUAGCAGAGAGACCACUGACACUGAAGCAGCAGGAGAUGAUAUGGAGCAUGAACAGGAUACAGUGCUGCAGCUCCAAGAGGUCAUCGAGCAGCUGAGGAACGUCUUCCCUUCAGAACCGGGCACCACCUCACACAUCUAACCCUGAGUGGGCCUGAAGGAGCAGAGUGAAAACCUGAAAGGACGCCUGAUGGCAGAGGGAGGAGCUCCAUAUGGCUGAGGUCAGGCCACAAUACACCAGGCCCUGUGACGACUGCAGCAGCUAUGAUACCCAGAGCUAACCCUCUACUGGAACUCUGUGCACUAAAAGCCUUUUUCAUGCAAACUGCAAAAGGCUCACGCUGAUGUCCGUUUGGCCAGGCUGUGCUUCAUGAUUUCAGUGGCGCAGCCUGACACCAUGUUAACGAGCCAAAGGAAACUAACGUUAGCAGCAGGUCAGGGAGAGACUAAAGUAAAAGUAGAAAUGCCCAGCCAAGACACUGUGCUCACCAGUAUCUGUGUAGUCAUUCGGAGGUGUGAAGCUUUAUAUAAGUCCACAGCACAAAUUGGACCUUCCACGAAAAGAACUUAAAAAAAUGCAAAAAGGAAUAAGAAGAAGAUCCCCUUGUUUUGUCAGAAUGCCUGUAUCUUCAGUGUUUGUGGGGUUUCUUUCUCCUUGAAUGUGUUAUCAUGGUUGUUAUUUUGUUUUUUGAAGGGAGGUGGUGGGUUAAAGCUUGCUAGUGAAAACUAGAUCAGGGCUGGGCUGACUGCAUUUCAUGUGGCUGCAUGGUGCAGAUUGUCAGGGAGUUGACAGCGCCCACAACGAGCUUAUUUACUAUUUACUUAGAAUGACACAUCAUCAGUUAAAUCCAUGAUUUAUUUAAGACAGCCAAAGUGCCCGCUAGCACAGCGCCUCUGUAUGCACACACUGUGUUCCUCUAAUCUCUCAAACUGCUUGUCACUCUCAUUGCUCACCUCUCCUAAGUGAGCCUUUUACGCUCAUACAGAACCACUUGCACUCACCGUACAUGCACACACACAUGUAUGCUGCUACAUCCAUACUCCCUGUUGACAAUGCACCCUUUCCUCAUUGUGCACAAAAAGCUCCCUGCAUGAUCAAUAACAUGUGCUGUGCUGCAUCACUAAAAAUACAGACUUCCAUAAAAAUGGAGAUAUAUUUCAUCUCUUUGGUUUUUGGGGGAUUCAGACAAGCUCUCAGUUUUGAGCCAAUUUGUAUUGUGAGUGAAAUUGGGUUUUGUUGAGGAAAUGUCUGCCGAUAAAUAUCAGCACGCAGGCGUCUGCUCUGGAGUCUUAGUGUUCUCCUGCUGUGUGCCGAGAAAGAGAAAGAAGCAGCUCCAGGCAAUAGUGCUGCCAGGCUGAAGCCCCCUCUCUCACUCUCUCUCUUUGCAAGGCCACUUCCAGAUGCUACAGGGGGGGAUGAGGCACGCCACCAUAACGUGAUCCUACACUGACUUCAUCCUCAAUAAUCCCCCCCUUCCAUGUAGAUUUAAAAAGAACAGUAGCUAUUGACUCUUUAUGCCUAAUUUUCCCUUGCUAAUCAUACUUAAUUGCUUUUAGAUUUACAAAAAGACAAGAGGUUAAAAUGGCUUUGCCCUCAUCUUAUCAGGGUCAUUCUGUUCUAAACAUAGCACAGUCAAUUAAUGCCUUAAAUCCAAACUAAAUCCAUAUAAAACAAGUUACUCUUUCUGGACUUCUUACAUUAUGUUUUUCAUUCAGGGAAGGAGGUUGCAUCAGGCGUGCGUUUGUGUGUUGUCUGUCGCUCCCUGGACAGGCCUGUGGUUAAUUUGGAGUAACAGGAAAAGUUUAGAGUGUGGAUCACGCCGCAUAAGCAUCCAUUCAUUGAUACCAGCUAAAUAGGGCUUUUAUGGGUGCAUGAUACUGGGGAUGCUUGGAGGGCCUAAAGAUCUGAGAAAAUGGAGGAAAGGUGGAAAAAAAAUCCAAUGCAUUUAUUGCUGGAGGGCUGGUGGGAGAGAUCCACUUUGAUGUGCCUGCCACAGCAAAAUCACCAGAAGCAAGACAAGAGAUUGCCUGAAACGAGUUGCUAAGCUGUGGUUCUGUGUGUUUCUCAGCAAUCAUAUUGCCUCAUUCUUACAGAAAAGACAGAGGUAUACACAGUUAGGAAUUCAUACUAAUCCUUAAAACGACCUGACCUCACAUACAUGAGUUUGAAACCAUGUGCUGCAUUCAUUAUGGGCUACCCCUCCAGGCACACAGCGCUCACAUUUUGACACCAUCCUCCUCAGCACUCGCUGCCUGUUAGUUUUGAUACUGUUGCUAGGGAACUGCCCCCAAGGAUGCAGUACCACAGGUUUGUGAGUUGGAAAGGUGAUGUGCCGUUCAUAAUACAAAUGCUAAUAGCCUUAAGGGAAGCUAGGGAGAGCACCACUCUCCUCUUCUUCACUUCCACCUCCACUGAAGCCUGCCACUGUGUAGCUGGUUAAGAUAAUCAUUAUCCUCUGUCGAAUCCGUCUCCACACCAGCAUCACUCAAGAAUUUGUUUUGGUAAAGCUCUCACAAGUCAGAACAAAGAACAGCGGUUCAGCUCGUGGGUGAAAAAAAAAACAACAUGAUAAGCAAUGUUUAUUCAUAGACAUUUAUUUAUUGGUAUUCACACAUCUCAUUACACAUUGAUGAUCACCGGCGGCCUCACACUCUUAUCUCCAUACUUUUGUAUGUUGGUACACAAAAUUAUGUAACAGUGACAACAUGUGAAAAAAAGAAGAGAAGAUGAGGCAUUCCCCACUGGGCUGCAUGUCAACAUUUGUUGUGUGUAUUUUAAGAUAAUAUAGACCAGGCAGACUAAA